AUUCUUACGAGAAUGCGAGCUUCAGCAGCCCAUUACAACUCAAGGAUAUCGAAGACAAAAUAAGAAACAUUGUCAAUUCCAGAAAAGUUAGACUGACAGAAUACUUCAAGGAUUUUGAUCGUCUCAGAACGGGCUUCAUAACAAAGUCUCAAUUUGACCGCUGCUUGGAUCAGUUGUUUGGUAUUGUGUUGAGUCCUGAGGAUGAUGCAAAGUUAAUGGAAAAAUAUGGCAGCCCUGAGGCUAAACGUAAGGGAUUGGUGAACUACCGACAUUUCUGUGAGGUCAUUGGUGCAGUGUUUGAUCCUGACAUUUUGAAUGAAGAUCCAGCUACACAGCAGAUUGGUCCAGCAGCAAGUGGCAGUCCAAUAGAUCACCGCCCCCUAAGUCCAGCAUCCCUUGCAAAAUGUGAAGAUCUCUUGAUGCGAUUGGCUCGCUUUUACAAAUAUCAUGGAAUCAACAUCAAAACAUGUUAUGCUGACUUUGAUAAGCAUCACAUUGGUGUUGUAACGGAGAGUCAGUUCUUUAGAAGUUUUCCUGGCUCUCCUGACAUUAUACACGAAGAGACAGUUCUGCUGGCCAAGAAGUACCGUGAAUCCAUGCGACCAGGCCUGUGUAACUACUAUAGCUUCCAUGAGGACAUCGAAAGGAUGCAAAAUGCCUUGGCUGAAAAAGAGGAUUUUACAAAGCAUAUUCCGAAUCAAGACAUCAUUGACGAUUUAGGAAAGCGUCCUAGAACACCAUCUUUAGAAGAAAUAUUUGAAAAAAUCAAGGAGGCUGUCCACAAGAAUGGGAUCCGGACAACAGAGUUCUUCAGAGACCAUGAUAAGUUGCGAAGCGGCGAGAUCACUGAAAGUCAGUUUAUUUGUGGCUUGAGUCUUUGUUGUGGGACACAGGCCCACCUGUCCCGUGACGAGAUACAGAAAGUAGUGGAGGUGUACCGCCAGCCUAGUGGGCGUGUCCGAUACAAGGAAUUCUGUGAUAUCAUGGAGAAUGCCUUUACUGUCCCGGAUUUAGAAAAGAAGCCAACAGCGGAUGUUUACCGACCACCAAUGGGUGCGCUGUCUAAGGCUCCUAAUCUGCUAUCUGCUCAAGAAGAGGACAGAGUCAACGAAAUACUCAAGGAAAUUGCUGAAACAGUGAGGAAGCGAAGAUUGAUGGUGUAUCCCUAUUUCAAAGAUUUUGACAGGAGUAAAGGCUAUACUCGUGGAGUCACAAAACCUCAGUUCGCUAGAAUGCUUCAUUUCUUAUCCAUUACCGUCCGGCCGCAAGAUCUAGCCCUUUUGUGCAAGAAAUUUGAAUACCCCGUCGGAGGGGACAUCAACUAUUCAGCUUUCAUUCAAUCGAUCGAUUCUGAAUACACUGGCACGGCAACCACCAUUUCAGACUUUGCACAAAAAGACAAAACUCCAGCUGAGAGCGGAGAACCUCGACCUUUAGAUUUGAGCAAAGUUGACAGACAGGAGUUAAUUGAUCGCAUUAAACACUACGUGCUUGUCAACAGACUAAGGGUGGAAGAGUUUUUUCAAGACUUUGAUCCUCUGCGUCACGGCUCGAUCAGCAGGCCUCAGUUCAGACGUUGUGUAAGUUUAAUGGGUCAACCCAACCUGACAGAUGAACAGUUUGAAGUCCUGGCCCAAUACUACAAAGAUCCUAAGUUGCCUGGCAACGUGAUGUGGACAGGAUUCCUCACAGACACAGAAAUGGUCUUUACUAGGCGUGGACUGGAGAAGACUCCCACAUACACAGUGCCCGCUAUGGAGACAUUUCAGAUGAGUAGGCCUGGGGCUGGCUCCGAACAGCUUGAACAAGACGAAGAGGUGCUCCUGGAGCGAAUCAAGCUGCGCAUGCGUCGAAAACUGACCGAGCAACGAAUUUUGUCCAAGCCGUGCUUUCAAGAUUUUGACAAGCAUAACAACGGUCACGUGACAAAGAUCCAAGCCAGUCAGUGUCUACACACGCUAGGCCUGACGGAUGAUCCUGAAGAAAUCAAGGUUCUUCAGAACCGAUACUCAGAUGACAUUGGAUUCAACUAUAUUCAAUUCUUGGAUGAUCUUCAGCCUUCAGAAAAACCAGAGUUGAAAUACUUGCAGAGACUAGAAGAACUAAAACUGACCAACCAGAAAAAUUUGCCCGACUUGGGCGACGACAACAUCGAGAAAAUCAUGUAUAAAAUUAAAUGCCGUGUGAUGAAAGAACGAAUGAGACUGUCUGAGUUCUGCAAAGAUUAUGACAAGCUGCGCACUGGAAGAAUACUCAAGACUGUAUUUCCCAGAGCUAUGGAUCUGGCUUCACUUAAACUCACCAAGGUGGAGGUGGAACAGCUUAUGAACAGAUACACGGCUGUUGGAUAUCCAGAUUAUGUGCAAUACACAGCAUUUGUGGAAGAAAUCGAGUCUAUCUUCACGUUGAGAGACCUGGAGAAAGCACCCGAGGUUGUUCCGAUUCCGUUCCAACCUCAGCCCGAAAACGAAUACUGCAAACUGUCAUCAGAGGAAGAGCAGGCUUUGGAACUAGUCAUGCACCGAUUGGCAGACCGCGUGCGCAUACGACGCAUUCAAAUUUUCCCGCUCUUUGAGGAUUACGACCGCGUACACAACGGCACCGUCUCUCGUUCCCAGUUCCAUCGCGUUUUGAGCGAGCUAGACCUCGGAAGCUUGGUUAGUAUGCGGGAGUUUUUGGCCAUAAAGAAAAAGUUCGACGUCGUGUUGGGAUACAAGCACGAUUUUAACUACAUCGGCUUCUGCGAUAUGAUCAACGACUUCGCUAAUUUCGAAUACGGAAAACCAUGAACUCAACAGGAUUUGCUUCAAGCGAAUUGUUAUUUGCAUUGUUGUUUGCAAUGUUAUUUGCAUAGAAUGAACAGGGAGAUUUUAUCUUCUUUUUCUAACAAUGUGUUGCUUAGAUUUCGGAGUGUACAUAAAAUGCAUUUUAUUCAUAAAAUGUUUUGAAAAUGAAUUCACGAUGUUAACUUGGUACUCCUUACUUUAGCCCAAAGAUACUUUCCAUAAAAAUUAAAAUAACUGUACUUUUAUUUGUGAUUCAGUCUGAUUCAAAUAAAAUGACGUUUAA